AUCAGCAGUGAAAACACGGACACGAUGAAAAUAAAAUGAAGACGGUGUUCGUUUGGGGUGGCGACGUGAUAGCCCAGAAGUGGAGUUGCAUACCUUACCGGCGGCACCGCAAGCGCUCGCCGCGCGACCGCCCCGUUGCCCGCGAUCUGGGAAAACCGUGUCGUUCUCGCCCAGACCCUCUCACUGCGGGGUAUAAAGAGAGCCAAAGCGGGACGGCCAUUGAGCGAGGCUAGCUUGUCUUCUGCCUCGUCUGAGCCGCAUCAUGCGUCUCGCUGCAUUGCUCUCGACCCUCCUGGCCUGUGCGUCGGCCGGUGUGCCCGCAGCAUUUGGCGGCGGCCCGCUGGCUGGUGCUGCGCUGCUAGGCGGCGGCCUCGGGCCAGCCAUGAUCGUCGGCGAUGGCCUGGGCAACGCAGCUCUGGGCAACCUCGGUGGUUUCGGUGGUGUCAGUGGCCUUGGGGGCCUGGGUGCUGGAGGCCUGGAUCAUGGUGGUCUAGGUGCCACGAACCUAGGAGCUGGCGCGCUGGGCCUUGGCGGCCUCGGAGGCCUAGGAGGCGGAGGAGCACUCCUGGCUGCCGGUCCGACCGUGGUGGGCGUGGCAGCAGGCCCGGCGACUGUGUCCGGCCCGGUGAGCGUGUCGGCCCCCGUCUCUAUCCCGGGUCCAGUGGCCACUCCCGUAGCGUCUGUGACGUACGUCAAGCAGCCAGUUAUUAAGCUCCGCUAUGUGACCAGGCCCGUCACCACCUACGUGAGGCAGCCCGUCGCAACUGUGACGCACACCAUUAAGAAGAUCGUAAACUACAACAACGCCGGAGCACUGUUAGGACUCGGUGGCGCUAGCGGCUUAGAUCUCGGCGGGGAUCUAGCUGGCGGCGACGGAGUGGAUGGAGUUGACGGAGGCAAUGGUGGUGGUGGUGGUGGUGGUGGCUUUGCUGGCGACAAUGGUGGCGGCGGCGGUGGCCGCGGUGGCGGCGGUGGCGGCGGUUUCAGUGGCGGAAACGGCGGCGGAAACGGCGGUGGCGGCGGCUUCAGUGGCGGAAACGGUGGCGGAAACGGCGGCGGCGGCGGCUUCGGUGGCGGACACAGUGGCGGUGGUGGCUUCGGUGGCGGAAGUGGAAGCGGAGGCGGCGGCUUCACUGGUGGAAACGGUGGUGGUAGUGCCUACACUGGUGGUAAUGGCGGUGGUGACCUUGCUGGAGGCAGUGGAAAUGGAGGAGGUUUCUCCAGAGGUCCCGUCGGAGGUGGAAGUUUUGCUGGUUACAGUGGAGGUGGAGGAGGCUUCCCCAGAGGGCACGGCGGUGCCGGCAGUGGCGGUGGCUUCGGAGGAAGCGGUGGUGGUAGCACCUUCGGAGGAAGCGGUGGCAGUAGCAGCUUUGGAGGAAAUGGUGGUAGUGGCAGCUUUGGAGGAAAUGGUGGUGGCGGCUUCGGUGGCGGUGGUGGCGGCCACAGAGGUGCCGGCGGUGGUGGAUUCGGAAACGGCGGUGGAUUCAAGCCUCUUCGGAUUGCAGGACGAGGACCAUCCUUCAACGUGUAUAAAAAGCAUCAUUACUGAGUCCUCAGCAAUAGGUCACUCACGUAACAAAAGAGGUAGUGAGCUGCGUCUGCGUACAGCUUGCCUUCAAAGAAGUUGAUCCAAAGGAGCCAGUUCAAAAGUCACCCACCAGCUACAAGCUAGUUCAGGAACUCGUGCAUCAGGGCGUGCCAUGCGGUUCCAUUGCCUGUACAGUACUCCCUCUCGUCCCUCAUCAGUUUGCUGCCAUUGUUUUUGCUAAGCGUGCUUUUUGCUGUAUAAAGCUAUCAAAUAAAUUUGCCUGUGGCAAU